AUGUUCAAAACGGAAGAUAAAAUAAUGGAGAAAUCUGUCAUCAAAAAGCCUCGUAAUAAACGAAAAACUUAUUGGUGUGCUCCUAGGAAAGUAAAAAGUACAAAUAUCUUAGAGAAUAUAGACAAUUCCUUACAAGAUAAAAAGAUGAAAAAAAGACAUCAUAAAAAAAAACGGAAGUCUGGAAGAAAUAUGAGACGUAUCGAUAUCUUAGCACAACCUAAAUCUAUGAAACAUGAACUACAACAUAAGAGACAUCUCUCUAAUGCAAACUGUUCUGUCAGGAAAUAUAAUGCUGUAACAAAAUCUAUUUCAUCAAAUCAGAAAAUUAUCACUUAUCCACAUAAAACUUUAAAAACGAAGAAAUUUAAAGGAGCACAUCAAUCAGGAAAUUCUAUGAUGAAUAUAACAUUAAAAGAUUCACCAAUUAUAUUACCGAAGAAAAUAGGUGUCCGAUUAUUUUCUUUAGUAAAAAAGAGACUUAGAGAAUUGACAAAUUGCAAAAAUAUGUAG